AACAGAGAGAAAAAGAGAGAGAGAGAGAGAGAGAGAGAGAAAGAGAUGGGUAUGCAUAUGGGUGGAGAUGUAUAUAUGCUGUGUAUAUACAUGACAUAAAAAUGAUUGAUUAUGAAGCAAACAGCUUGCAAAGGAAAUAUAAAGAAAAUCAAUUAGAAUUUUAGGAGAGAGCUAGCUAUCUAUAUACAAAAGAAAACGCCAGUAUUGAUUAUUCUUAUAUUAUUAUUAUUGGUAGUAUUAUUUUUUUCCUUCUUUUCUCUUUUAUUGAUUUUCAGGAUUCUUAUUGUCUCUAUAUUUAUCUAUCUAUCCAUCUCUUUCUUCUCUCUUUGAUUUUUUUUUUCUUAGUUGUUUGAAAGUUGUUGCUGCUGGGUUUUCAAAUUCAUAUGAAUAUGUCUUCAUAUAAUUUGGAUUGAACUUAUCUUCUUUGUCUUCUUCUUCUUCUUCACCAUCAUCAUCUUCUUCUUCUUGUCCUGGAGAUAAUAUUAGCAAGCAAAGAUUUUCUGGGAAAAUUCAGAUGGCGGCUGCUCAAUCAUCGGUGACUUUUUUUGGAGGCAGAUCAGAACAAGAAAUUCAAAACCAAAUGUUGCAACAGCAGCCUAAUUCAUCCACUGCUACUCUCACUUCCUCAAUUGCUUCCACCACUGCUCCUCCAAAGAAGAGAAGAAAUCAAUCAUCAUCAAAUUCGGAUGCGGAGGUGGUAGCGUUAACUCCAAAGACCCUAAUGGCUACGAACAGGUUCAUAUGUGAGGUGUGCAACAAAGGGUUCCAAAGGGAGCAAAAUCUUCAGCUCCACAGAAGAGGACACAAUCUUCCAUGGAAGCUGAAGCAGAAGAACAACAAAGAUCCACCCAAGAGAAAAGUCUUCCUCUGCCCCGAACCCACCUGCGUUCACCACGACCCGUCUCGGGCUCUCGGCGACCUCACCGGAAUCAAAAAGCACUACUCGAGAAAGCACGGCGAGAAGAAGUGGAAGUGCGAGAAGUGCUCCAAACGCUAUGCUGUUCAGUCUGAUUGGAAGGCUCAUUCUAAGACAUGUGGAACGAGAGAAUACAGAUGUGAAUGUGGCACUCUCUUCUCCAGGCGUGACAGUCUAAUCACCCACCGAGCCUUCUGUGACGCACUGGCUCAAGAGACUGCGAGACAUCCCACCAGCUUGAACACUAUUGGUGGUCACCAGAUGUACGGCAACAGUCAUGUGAACUUAGGACUUUCACAGAUGGGUGCCCAAUUUUCAACCCUACAAAAUCACCCUUCUACUAAUAACAUGUUAAGGUUGGGUCAUACUACUCCAAAAAUAGAGAACCUCAUUUCGAUAUCAUCAAACCCUAAUUCUUUUGGAAACCCUACUCAGAGUUAUUCUCCCUCCACAUUCUUCCUCCAAGAUCACCACUCCCAUAACCAAGCCUUCCAGUCCGAUCAUCAUCACCACCACAACCACCACCACCACCACCAUCAGCAGCAGCAGCCAUUUUUGAACAAACCAUCGCACUCCCUCAGUCAACUUCCAGAUCUUCAAACCAACAAUAACAACAACAACUCAUCCUCAGCCGACAUCUUCAACCUCGGCUUUUUCUCCAACAAUGGUAACAAUGGAAACAUAAGAUCUGACCAGUUCAGCCUCGAUGGUGGCAACCCGAACGGUAUGCCAACAAUGUUCUCUAGCAUCGCUGAUCACAUGACCGGUCCCGGCGCCAUGUCAUCUCUCUACGGCGGAAACAACUCGUCCGUCCGCCAAGAUAAUAACAACCUCUCCCCUCACAUGUCAGCCACCGCAUUGCUUCAGAAAGCCGCUCAAAUUGACUCGACUUCGAGCCUAGUCGACGGCCCUUCGUUGCUGAGAAGCUUGAGAAACUCUGCAACUAGGGUUGCAAAUAAUAAGUCCGAUGAUAUCAGAGAACUCAGUACAACCGGGUUCGGGGGUGAUCACAUGGUGGGAAACGAGAGCCACCACGAUCAUCAUCUCGAAGGGCUAAUGAACUCUCUAGCCAACAAUGGUGGCUCGUCCAAUGUUUUUGGAGGGUUUAUGAAUGCCCUUGGUGGUGGGUCGCUUGAUGAUCCACGUAGAAAUUUAUGCGAUGAUCAGCUGGAUCAGGGGCAGGAGUUGCAGGAGACGAACAAUUACAAUAGUAAGUUGCAUCAGAAUUUGGGGGUGAGUUUUGGAUCAGGUUCGGAUAAAUUAACGUUGGAUUUUCUCGGUGUUGGAGAGAUUGUGAGGAACAUGCAGGGUGGUGGGAUUAGUAGUACCAAUACUGCUAUUACUUCUCUAGACGCGCAGUUGAAGUCAACGCAGCAAAGUCAACUAUUUGGUGGGACUACGUCGGCACUGCAUUAACAGCUCAUAUAAUAUAAAUAAUAAUGAUAAUAUUUACAAACUUUAGAUGAGACUGUUUGUUUAAUAUUAAGGUGAGUAUACAACUUGGGGAACUAGCUAGUCUAGCCAGUUUAAUUCAUUGUUAACUUCUCUCUCUCUCUCUCUUUAACUUUCCAUGUUUACUCUUUCAUAAUCAUUUGUGAACGCCUUAAGGCUUACAUAAUUAGAUCCAUUAAUUUCAUGGUCAGUUAUAAUAAUUACUUGAACGAUAUCUCUUUUUCUU